AUGAGCACGUCUCGGUGUAAACGCAACAAGAGCCACUAUAAAACAAGGGAACGGGACCCCGGGCCGGCGAGAGCGGCAUUCCAGCGCGAUCCAUCAGGGGGCGACGCGGCCGCUGCCCGGGCCGGGAUGCCGGACACGGGCUCGCCUCCAGUGUGCUCGGCGCGGCCUUGUGAAACAUCAGUAACUACUAAUCCGGAGCUAUGGACGACUCGGGAGCGUUCAGAAACGGGCAGGAGCGGGCGCGACCCGUCCUUGACAGGGUGGUGUGGGGCGGCGCGGCGCGGCACAAGGAGAUCCGCCGGGCCAUCUGUCGCCCCGGCGGCCGCGCCGCGCCGCCCGCCGUCUGCUCCGCCGGCAAACCCGUUCUGGCUUUUUCCCAAACCACUCCGCACCGACCCGGUCACGCUCGCUGCUUUCCGGGCUCCGGCUCACUCCGACCCGACCCGGCCCCUCGUGUGGCGACUGCAGCGCUGCCUAGCUGCCAGGGCAGAAGUGGAUCAGGGACAGGCUGGGCUGCCGGCGGGCGCCGCUUGUAGCCGUGACUCCUGCGGGCGCGCGCUCGUGUCGCUGCGGCCCGACCCCGAGUCACCGUCUCUCGAUGCGCCGCGCGAGGCGGUCUUUCGCAAGCGGCCUGAGUCAGCGGCAGGCACCGCCACGCCCUCGCGCUGCGCGGGCUGCCUACCCGCGCCCCUGCCCCUGCACAUAGCGCACGCUGGCCGCCCACUGGACCACGAGCCUGCCCGUGCUCCGUUACCUCCCCACAGCACACUGCCGCAGAGCAGGCGUCGAGCAUUUCUUGCCCAGUAUCCAUUGCCUCGGAUAGCAACAGUGUCAGAGGCAGAAGGUAAUUACUCGCUGUUCCCCAGAUGCCACUUCCCAGAAGACGGGCGUGCGGCGGUGUCGCGGGGCCGUUUGAAGGUGUUACAAACGACACCGACGCCGCACGUCGCGUGCGAGUACCAGCCCGGCAGGCAGGCGUUCUCUCCGCCAAAACGGGAGGCGUCCGGGAGCGCGCGGCCCGCCGCUGCAGCAAGUGUCGCGCCAGGUGAGGUGAGAACCGCGCCGGCUGCGCUCACGUCGCGGCCCGGCCAGCCUUGUACGGCAAGAAGAGCGCUCUCGGCCGGCAAGAAGCGCCGCCGGCGUCCACUUUUGUCCCCGGCCCCGGCAGACGGCGCGCCGUGA